GAGGAGACACCCCUUGACCGAGUACGGAGGGCAGUAUGGGGGAUGCUGUAUGCCGAUGAUGCCGGCGUCGUAUCGAGGUCUGCAGAAGGACUGGCGAGAAUGAUGACCCUCAUCGUUGAGGUGUUCGGGGAGUUCGGUCUAACGGUGUCGGAGAAGAAGACGGAGACGCUCCUGAUGCGCGCAAAGGACAAGCCGACUACAACAUCACAGCCCGCCCCGCCUCCACCACUGACCAUCGAAGCCGCGGGACAGAAAUACGCCCAGACGACCGAGUUCCGGUACCUCGGUGGCCUCGUCAACGAACAUGGCGACCUCACCCGGGAGAUCAACUACAGGAGCAGAGGAGCGUGGGCGUGCCUCAGGCGAUAUGGCCGGGAGCUCUUCGACAGACCGCAAGCGCCAUUCCGACUCAAGAUCCGCCUGCUCCAGGCGGAGGCGAUGGAGGCACUGCUGUACGGCUGCAUGACAUGGUCACCACUCAGCGGCCACUAUCAGACGCUGCGGUCGAUACACCACCGACUGCUCCUUCGAGUUAUCGGGUACAAGCGCAAGAAGGACACCUACCGGCAGCUCUCUUACGCCCAGACGCUGAGGAGGGUCGAAUGCGAGAGCGUUGAACCCACGAUCCGACAACGACGCCUACUGUUCGCGGGAGCAUUGGCAAGGCAGCCGGACGGGCGACUCCCGAAACGACUGAUGUUCGGCGAACUGGCAGGGGGGGAGAAGCGACGUAGGGGGGGACAGGAACAGAACUGGCCGAAGUGUGUGCUCGACGACCUGAAGGCAUUCGGGGCCGACCACGGAUCUACGUAA